UUUUUAAGGAAUCCAUUCUCUGCAUCUGUUCAUGUAUAGAUUUUUGAUUUACCACAUUCCAGGACCUCCCUGCAAGUUGUUCUGUUCCCCAGUUUGAUGAUCACAGAGGCAGUCCCCAGGUAUCAGUGGACAGCCAUGGCUCCAAGAUCUCGGAAGCGAAGGCACAAGAAACCCCCUUCAUCAGUGGCUCCCAUGGUUGUGACCCCAUCCACAGUUGUGACCCCUGUGCCUCUGACCCUCUCAAAACCUGACCCUAGCAUUGAUGCACUUGGCUUCUUCUCCUUGGAAAAUAAUGUUCCUGGCCUAUCUCAGCUAAUCCUUCAAAAGCUAAGCAUGAAAAGCUAUGAAGAAUACAAGUUGGUGCUAGAUGGGGGUGCUUCUGUAUCAGGCUUUGGAUUUCGAUGCCCUCAAGAAAUGUUCCAGAAGAUGGAGGACACAUUCCGAUUCUGUGCUCACUGUAGAGCUCUCCCUAGUGGUCUUUCAGACUCCAAGGUCUUACGGCAGUGCAAAAGGUGCAGAAAUGUCUAUUACUGUGGUCCAGAGUGCCAGAGGUCAGACUGGCCAGCACACAGGAAGGUUUGUCAAGAGCUGCGUCUUGUAGCUGUGGACCGUCUCAUGGAAUGGCUCCUAGUCACAGGUGCUUUUGUCCUACCUUCAGGGCCUUGGCCAUGCCUGGCUGAAGCUGUACAGGGCUGGGAUACCUGGUUUUCUAUGCGGCAUUUACAGCUAGAUGCUACACUGGAUGCUGUGCUAGGUAGUCAUGCCAUGACCACCCUGUGGGCCAGCGUAGGACGGCCAAGGCCAGACCCAGAUGUCUUGCAGGGCUCUUUGAAGCGGCUGCUGACAGAUGCCCUCUCACGACCCUUGACACUGGGCCUUGGGCUUCGGGCCUUGGGGAUAAAUGUUGGGAAGAUUGGGGGAAGCACAGUGCAUGUGGUUGGUGCUUCCCACGUGGAGACAUUCCUCACUCGCCCUGAGGACUAUGAUGAGCUUGGCUACAUGUUUCCUGGACACCUUGGCCUCCGUGUGAUCAUGGUGGGUAUAGACGUAUCUGCUGGCUUUACACAGAACCCCUCAACUCCCAUCCUGGAACCUGGCACAGUUCAGCUUAGUGGCCAUAGAGGCCUCUAUCAUGACUUCUGGGAGGAGGAGGUAGAGACUGGGCGGAUAGCCCAUCCAGAUUUGGUGGUGACAUUCCAUCCAGGUUUCCAUGCUUCCCCAGACUUAAUGGAGGCUUGGCUGCCCACCCUCUUGCUACUUCGUGAUUAUGAGAUCCCUACAUUGAUCACUGUUUACAGAAUGUCAUACCCAGGCUAUCCCCCAACAGGCUACCCACCUUUCCCUGGAUAUCCUCCUGCAGGUCAGGAGUCAACUUUUCCCCCUCCGGGUCAGUAUCCUUAUCCUACUGGCUUUCCUCCAGUGGGAGGAGGUGCCUACCCACCAGCCCCAAGUAGUGGCUACCCAGGAGCUGGAGGCUACCCUGCCACUGCAGGCUAUCCAACCCCUGGAGGCUAUCCUGGUGCCCCACCACCAGGGGGAGCUCCAUCCUAUCCUGGAGUUCCUCCAGGCCAAGGGUUUGGAGCCCCCCCACCAGGUGGAGCAGGCUUUUCCAGCUAUCCACAGCCACCCUCACAGUCUUACGGUGGUGGUCUACCACAGGUCCCACUACCUGGUGGCUUUCCUGGAGGACAGAUGCCUUCUCAAUAUCCUGGAGGACAAGGUCCUUACCCAAGUCAGAUCAAUACAGAAUCUUUUCCUUCCUAUCCUGUUUUCUCUCCUGUUUCUUUGGAUUAUAACACUGAACCUGCCGCAAUGACUCAGGGAGCUCAAGGAACAAUCCGACCAGCUGCCAACUUUGAUGCCAUGAGAGAUGCAGAAGUUCUUCGGAAAGCGAUGAAGGGUUUUGGGACAGACGAGCAGGCAAUUGUGAAUAUUGUGGCCAACCGUUCCAAUGACCAGAGGCAAAAAAUUAAAGCAGCUUUUAAGACCAUGUAUGGCAAGGAUUUAAUCAAAGACCUCAAAUCAGAGUUAAGUGGAAAUAUGGAAGAACUGAUCCUUGCCCUAUUCAUGCCACCUACAUAUUAUGAUGCCUGGAGUUUACGGAAUGCAAUGAAGGGAGCAGGAACUCAGGAACGUGUAUUGAUUGAAAUUUUGUGCACAAGAACAAAUCAGGAAAUCCGAGAAAUUGUCAGAUGUUAUCAAUCAGAAUUUGGACGAGACCUUGAAAAGGACAUUAGAUCAGAUACAUCAGGACAUUUUGAACGUUUACUUGUAUCCAUGUGCCAAGGAAAUCGUGAUGAGAAUCAGAAUGUUAACCACCAGCUGGCUCAGGAAGAUGCUCAACGUCUCUAUCAAGCUGGUGAGGGGAGACUAGGGACAGAUGAAUCUUGCUUUAACAUGAUUCUUGCCACAAGAAGCUUUCCUCAGCUGAAAGCUACCAUGGAGGCUUAUUCCAGGGUGGCUAAUCGAGAUUUACUAAGUAGUGUUGCCCGUGAAUUUUCCGGAAAUGUUGAAAGUGGUUUGAAGACCAUCUUGCAGUGUGCCCUGAACCGCCCUGCCUUCUUUGCUGAGAGGCUCUACUAUUCUAUGAAAGGUGCCGGCACAGAUGACUCCACCCUGGUCAGGAUUGUGGUCACUCGAAGUGAGAUUGAUCUUGUACAAAUAAAACAGAUGUUCAAACAGAUGUAUCAGAAGACCCUGAGCACAAUGAUUGUAAGUGACACAAGUGGAGAUUACCGAAGGCUUCUGCUGGCCAUUGUGGGCCAGUAGGAGGGAUUUUUAAAUAAAUGAAGCUCUUCACAGCAUAUCCUUCAAAGCAGUGACUGACCUGCAUGCAGCAAUAUCAACCAUCACCAAACCAAAAGAGCUUUUUACUAAGCAUUGUGUCAGGGUAUUGUGCUUGGUUUGCACAUGUGGUUAUUGCCUUAAUUCCAAUGUUAUUUUUUUCUCUAUAUACAAUCAACGUGAAGCCAUAUCACGAUGAUGUAGUAUUAACGCGAUAUUUGUAAGGCAUAAUUCUCACUGUUCUUACUCUAAUCAGGGUCCCAAAUUGAAUAAAAAUCACAGCAAUCUCUAAUUCUGUGUAAUAAUGAUGAAUAAAAAAAAAAGUUGCUGAAACUCUGCCUUCCAAAGCCCCAUAGGUCCAUUGGACAGUUAUAGUUGGUAGUAUAUCAAAACUAUAUUUUUAAAAAAUUCAGCUCUUUUGACAUAGGAGAGUAAUUUGCAUCUUAUUUUACAUAAAUUGGUAUUUUAUAUUUAUAAACACUAAACUUUCCACAUAGUGAAUAGAUGAGUAUUGCCUGUAACAACUUUUUAAAAAGGGAUUAUAUGUUUAUGUGCAUAAAAUAUAUAGCCUACUUUUUUUUGUCUACUAAAAUUCUCUAAAGAUCUUUAUUGGCCCUUGGCUUUAAAAAAAAAUUAUGAAAUAGCUUCUCGGCCUUUUGGCUAAGAUCAAGUGUAAAAAAAAAAAAUUAUGACUUUAAGAAUUAGUUGUAAUUUAAUCAUGAUUCAAGAAAGUGAAGCUUCACAUGUAGGAGGUGUUCAGUUAAUGAGUGAAUGAAGCUUAAAGCAUCACUGGGAAAAUUGAGUGCUAGCUCUUUGGAGAAGUGUUCAGGAGCUCAGUUAGUGGUGUAGGAGGAUGAUUGCAACACCCAUUGGUUUACCCCCAGUAAAUUACUUAUUGAGUAAUUACUUAUUGAGUAUAUUGAGCAUUAUAAUGGGUAGCCAGGAGAAAUAUGAAGGAAGGAAAUUUAUAAUAUACUGGGGGUUCUAAAUAAAAA